UACGACCUGAACUCAACUGGCUGGUGUGAGGCCGGUAAGCAGGAGUUCACCAUCAAAAUGUUCCAGGCUUGUGUUUUCUGCCUGAUCUUCCUGCUGGGCGUGGUGGGAAACUGUCUGGUGAUUGCCACCUUUGGCCUCUACCGUCGCCUCCGCCUUCGCUCCAUGACUGACGUCUUCCUGUUCCACCUGGCACUGGCUGACCUUCUGCUGCUCCUCACGCUCCCAUUACAGGCCACCGACACCUUCCGGGGUUGGAUCUUCACCGUUUCCCUCUGCAAGGCCACGAGGGCAUGCUACGCUAUCAACACGUACAGCGGGCUUCUGCUGCUGGCCUGCAUUAGCGUCGACCGCUACCUGGUGGUGGCACAUGCUCAAGAGAUGCUCCGGCUGCGCAGUCAGAUGUUAACAGGCGGGAAAGUAGCCGCCAUAGGUGUGUGGCUUGUUGCGGUGCUCCUUAGCCUUCCUGAAAUCCUCUUCUCUGGGGUGUUAGAGGCUGACGAAGACUCUUUAGCAUACUGCGGCAUGCUAAAGAGUGGAACAGUCAAAAUGGCCACCAACGCCGCCAUCAUUGCCGUCUUCUGCGUGUCCUUCUUCGUUAUGGUGACAUGCUACUCUUUGAUUGGGCGAGUGCUGUGGGAAGGGAACGCACACCGGCGGGGGAAGCAGUGGCAUCGUCAGCGUACAUUGAAACUGAUGGUAGCUCUUGUGUUGGUGUUCUUGGUGUUCCAGCUGCCGUACACCGUGGUGCUGUUGUGCAAGAUGGCCGGGCAGUUCUGCGACCCGCUGCUGGAGUACGUCACCUGCACUUUGGCGUACACCCGCUGUUGCCUCAACCCCAUCCUGUACGCCCUGGUUGGUGUGCGCUUCCGUAAUGACGUGCUGAGGCUCCUCCAUGACUCAGGCUGCAAGCGUGGCCUCCUGCAGCUGCCACAGACGAUGAUGAGCUCCAUCACACCGACCUCCCCUGAACGCACUCACUCCAGCUACGAGACUGUUUCUGCCAUCAAAUUUCAGUUUUCAGAAAAUAAUUAAUAUUCUGUAGAGUGAACUAUAAACUUAAAUGCAUAUUUCCCUACAGUAUACAUAAUGUACACUUACUAUACAGAAGCAAUGGAUGGAACAAUCACAAGGAGUUGAUUUAAACAUUAGGGCUGGGUAUCAUUAAAUUUUUUUUUGUCAAUACAAUUGAUAAUUGUUUGUAAAUAAUAUACUAAUACAUAAUGAUUUAUAUGUGUAUAUGUUUGUGUGUGUAUUAGAGGUUGAUAGUGGGGCAGGAAAAAGCUAAUUAACCAACUAUAUAUUAUCUAUAAAGGUUUGUUUGUUCCUUUCUUUAUAGCUCUUACUUAGUGAAUUAACAAGAUAUAAAUUGUUGAAAAUGUUUUUUUUUAUAAAAAUAUAUUUUGAGGGGUUCUUUUCCAUUUUAUUAGACAGGAAAGGUAGGAGACAGAGGGGGAGGAACAACACGCAGCAAAGGGUCACAGGUCAGAUUUGAGCUUAGGCCAAGAUUAACCAGAGCAGACAUACAACUCUCUUGCUUUAGCUGUCCUUAAAGAAAUUACAGAUUUCUACUGUAUUUCCUUCGUUUAUGGUUAAAAAAUGUAAAACACUUAUUUUCAUUCAUGUUUUGGUUGAAACGUUGGUGAUGCAACGUUAUUAACACAUUUCAUUUGUUGCACAAAAAGUCUUGAGGUUAGAUACCCAGCCCUAGUCACAUUGGUAUUACGGACAAAAAUACAAGGUCACACUUUAUUUGUUUUUCAGCCAUCAGGUGACAAAAAGCAGAUGUGUGAGUCACGUAUUUUCGUAACGCUGACCACAUGAAGCCAGCGGUACCUCACUUUUAUUUCAAGGAACUGAAAUCCUAUGAAAUGCUUUUACACGGUAGCCGAGCUGUGGUGGCGUCUGUGGCUUCUAUAGUUAGAAAAAAGGUGAAUAAACAUCAGGUGCCCAAAUACGAGACUAGAACCAAAUCAUAUAAAUAUACUAGUGUAGGGUCCAAUCAAUAUUCAAUUAUUAUUUAGUUUAUUGCAUUUAAAAUGUCAAAACUAUUUACAGAACUAUUGAAACUGUCCACACACUGGAAAAAAUGUUAUUGUGCCGCAGUCACAAGUCUCUUUGGCUUUAAAGAGGCCACACUGUGGCCACAACGUCCACUUCCUCUCUCCUCUCACGUGUCAGGCAGCACUUUUAAAGGAGGAUUUGUGUUGUGAACUGACAUAUAAUGCUCAGGUAAAAAGGUUUGAAUCUGACUUAAAAAUUCUGCAAAAUCAUCUUUACAGUGUGAUUAAACGUUAAGUUGUACUAAAACAGGGACAUACACUGUGUUUACACCCCACUACAGCCCUGGUUGGUAGUCGUGUUUGAUAUUCACAAGACUUUUUACAGUUAAAUUAAAGUUAAUUAAAGCCAUUUAAUUGCAGUUGUUUAGUGUGACUAAACAGAUUUCCAUCUGCUCACAACUUGUUCUGACUCUGCUUAGCACUCGUGUUCAGGUUAAUAUGUACAAAUGUAUAUUCUGUAUUCUUUGUCCAGGGUUUAAGUCUAUUGUCUGUACUGUCAGGUCAUAUUUUCAACAGAUAUAUGUUGAUAUUUGCUCUAUUAUUCUAUCUAAAGCUUCCAUUAACCAUAUUUAAAUCUUAAACAAUCCUAACCUGACUUUAUUUCUAACCUUCCACAUGUCUGUAGAUCACUUUUUAAUAAGCUGUGUCAAAGACUGUUAAAUAUAGACUGAUUAAUGUAGAGGUUUC